UAGCUAACAUAAACUAAUAUGAGUCUGUUAGUCAACCACAUGCUCCGUACUAACAGAAGAUGGCGAUAAACAUGUUUUUAACUGAGCUCUUGUUUCUUAAACCCAGCGUCACAGACAGAGUGACGUCUGUGUGAGAGUCUGUGACGCUGAGCUUAGUGGGAUCACCUUUACUUAUCUUUGAAUGUGUGAUGUUUUUCACGCUCUCCUGUCGGAUCCAUAAAUUCACCUGUUGUUGUUGUUGACGUCAGCGGCGCGUCAGAAUCACCUGUGUGGGGGCGGGGCGAGGUGUUUGUCUUCCUGUCAGAGAGCAGGUGAGACACACCUGAGGAGGUACAUCGGAGCUGAGCGUCUUUUCCUCCUCGCGCGUAGACUGACCGCAGACGGACAUGUCCACGCGCUCCUCUUCCUCCCCCCUCCUCCUCCUCGUUUUCGCGCUCUUGCGGUCCGGGGGGGCGGUGGACCCGCACUGUGAGGACGAAUUCCGGCGCGGGCACGAGGACUUCGUGCUGUACGCGGAGGACGCGGUGAAGCAGGGCGCGGUCAUGUUGGCCACCGCGAGCUUCUACUCCGAGCUCGAGUGCGAGCGCGCGUGUUGCGGGCAAGUGCACUGCAACCUGGCGUUGCUGGAGCCGAGCGUCCCCGGAGAGGAGAACCGCACGUGCGUGCUGUUCAACUGCGUGCGUAGGAAUCGGUUCGCGUGCAGGUUCGUGACCCAGAGCGGGUACAAGAGCUACGUCAGAGACGCCGUGUACCGGAAGUACCUGGCAGCCCCCCAGAAAGAAGGUAAGAAGCAUCCGCCCGUCGCCAACGCAGGCCGUGAUGUCACCAUUCAGCCUGGAGAGACUGUGAUGCUCAACGGCACUGAGAGUGUGGCGCUGAGCGGCGCAAAAAUUAAAGACUACCGCUGGAGUCUGCAAAGAGGAGACAGCAGUGUAAAGAUAGAGGAGACCAAUUAUCCUGACCAGGUGCAGCUCUCCAACCUGCAGACAGGCUCGUAUGUCUUCAAGCUGACGGUCAACGACUCCAACGGCAAAUCAGAUGAUGCCAAGGUCACAGUCCUCGUUCUUAACCCACAACAGACCAGCUCAUACUGUCAGGCUCCGGUGAAGGUCGGGCCGUGCCGCGCAAAAUUUACUCGCUGGCGUUACAACAUCACAAAGGGCGUCUGUGAGAUGUUUGUGUUCGGAGGCUGUAUAGGAAACGAGAACAACUUCCUGUCUGAACAAGAGUGUCUGUCUGCCUGCAGAGGAGUCACAGUGUCAUCGCAGAGGAGUGUUACUCUGCCCGCUGCAGAGGUGUGCGGCUCGCCGUGCGGUCCUGAUCAGCUAACCUGUGGCAAUGGCUGCUGCCUGGACAGAAGUAUGGAGUGUGACAACGUGAAGCAGUGCAGCGACGGAUCAGACGAGAGCCAGUGCCACCAACUGAAUCAGACCUUGAGCCUUCUUCUGGACAUUGAUGUGAACAAGAAGAAAGCUCAGUGCACGGAGCCUCCCCGCACCGGUCCGUGCCGGGCCAAAUUCCCCGGCUGGUACUACGACCCCCUGGACCAGAAGUGUCACGAGUUCACCUACGGUGGCUGUGACGGGAACGAAAACAACUUUCCGGACGAUCAGACAUGCAGAGAGUACUGCAAAGAAGUCGGCGAGAACGAUGUGUUCGCCAGAGGUUUGUUUGAGCGCUUCGACAAGGAAGUAGACGACGACUCAAGUUCCAUCACGCUCGCUGUGAUCCUGUCGGUGGCCAUCUUGUCUCUGCUGGCCAUCCUGGCCUACUGCUUCCUGAGGGCCCGCAAGAGGCGCACACACAGGCCCGUCAACACGGGCCCCACCCACGAAGCACUGUCCAAGGAGGAGACGUCUGUUUAUAACAGCACCACCAAGCCCAUGUGACGUCAGCCGUGCCGUUACCGUGACGAUCGGCUGCCUUGUUUUGAUUUAAGUGUCCUUUAAAUGUUUUUAUUUCUCAGCUGUUUUCAUGAUUGAUUAUUGGGGACGCUGGAGUUCUGUGGUGAUGUCAGUUUCCUGUCCGCGGCGUCUUUACUGCUCUUUGUGUUUCAGUAUUUAUGAAUUCAGCGUCUGGGUCUCAGGUUUUAUUAGUUUUCAUGUAAAUACCAAGUUGGUCUCAGGUUUUUAACUUCUGCUCUUAUAAAAUUUUAAUAAAAGUUUGAAAGUAGUAAUAAAGUUUGGACAUAACAAAAAGUGAUCUUUAUUUUGAAAACAAACUUCCUGCUUACUGUGAGGUGCUAAACAGGGGUUCGUUCUUCGCUGAGUAAGUUGGCUGGAUUUGAUUGUUGACGAUUUCGCGUGAUCUUGGAUCAUUCGGUUCUCCGAAGCUCAUCUGGGACUUGCUGUCAUAGCAACAGAUCCGUAAGCGUAAACCUGCUUGGGAGCAGGCUUACUUUAUGUAAACAGGAUUAGAUCGCGGCCACUCAGGUAUGUCCGCUUCAUUUAUACGAAAACAACAGCGAUAUUUUUCCACUGUAUUUCCAUAAAUAAAUAUUAUCAAUGUAACUAAA